GUACUUAGUUACACAGCUAUGUUGCCUCCGCAAUUAAGAAAACCGCUCAUUCAUAGUGCGCGCAUAUAGCGUUCGUUUUUCAAUUUCAUCUCUUGUCGGAAGAAGAGGGAAGGACAAUGAGUGGGGGAUUCAACUUUGGACAAGCGUCCAAUACUGGAUUCAGCUUUGGAGCUCCCAAAACCACAGCUGCCCCAGUCACAGGCUUUGGGAUUGCAAGUGCCGCACCUGCAGCUCCAGGUGGUGGCUUCUCUUUUGGACCCCCCAAUCCUGCCCAGGCCCCAGCAGCUGCCCCCCCGAACACUACAAACUCAACUGGAGGAUUCAGCUUUGGGAACCCUACACAGAGCAGUACUCCUGCAGGAGGAGGCUUCUCUUUUGGUACUCCCACUGCUAAACUCAAUCUGGGCACACCAGCCUCUCAACCAGAACCGACUGGGCUAACUAUGGGGAUGGCAACCCCCACCUCUGGGGCAGGCUUUGGACAUGGUGGGGGUUUUGCCACACAAACCACUGCUGUCCCCACAGGAGGGGGGUUCAGCUUCGGGAACGCAGGGGGGCUUGGAGCCCCUGUUGCGCAAACUCAGGCCCAACCAGCAGCAGCCGGUGGGCUCUCUUUAGGAACUCCUGCUGCAUCCACCCAAAUGAUGGGAGGUGGGUUUAGUAUUGGUGCAGCCAAGGUCCAGGCCACCCCAGCCCCUGCUGUAACCCCAGGAGGGGGCUUCUCAUUUGGGAACAGCGCCCCUGCAACCCUCUCCCUGGGAAACCAACCCACAGGUCUGAACUCUGUGGCCCCGGCCUCAACAGCUGCACCAACCACAACCCAGGGUGGAGGAUUUGCGUUUGGCGUCAAACCUUCAGCUACUCCAGCCCCCGCUGUAACUACCCCGGCUACCCAGACCUCAUUAGGUUCUUCGCUCUUUGCUCUACCAGCAGCAGCAGUCACAGUGGGUGCUGCCCCCACCUCAGCCACCCCUACUGCCCCGGCUGCCACAUCGACAGCAGGAAGUACCCUGGGCUUUAUGCUCAAACCCCUGGGAGCAGUCACUGCCACCACCACCGCCCCAGCUGGCACAGCUGCCCCUACCACUGGCACUACAACAGGUUUUUCACUGGGUAUGAAACCUGCGGGCGCCACUGGCAUCGGUGCAACGGCCCCCAUCACUGGAGUAGCCACAACCAUCACUACUGUUACAGCAAGUGCUCCUCCAGUGAUGUCCUACGCCCAACUAGAGGGUCUCAUCAACAAGUGGAGUCUAGAGCUAGAGGACCAGGAGAGGCACUUCUUACAGCAGGCUACCCAGGUCAACGCCUGGGACCGCAUGCUGGUGGAGAACGGAGAGAAGAUCACAUCACUGCACAGGGAGAUGGAGAAGGUGAAACUGGACCAAAGAAGGCUGGACCAGGAGCUGGACUUCAUCCUGUCACAACAGAAGGAGCUGGAGGACCUGCUGUCCCCGCUGGAGGAGUCUGUCAAAGAACAGAGUGGAACAAUCUACAUGCAGAACGCAGACGAGGAACGCGAGAGAACGUACAAGCUUGCAGAGAACGUGGAUGCCCAGCUGAAGAGGAUGUCCCAAGAUCUCAAGGAAAUCAUUGAACACCUGAACACAUCUAGUGGGCCAGCUGAUACCAGUGACCCGCUUCAGCAGAUCUGUAAAAUUCUCAAUGCCCACAUGGACUCUCUGCAAUGGAUUGACCAGAACUCCGUGCUUCUACAGAGAAGGGUGGAGGAUGUGUCCAAACUCUGCGACAACCGACGCAAAGAGCAGGAGAAGACUUUUCGUAUAACAUUUGAUUGACUUGGAGAAUUGUAAUGUCUCAGAAAAGGAUAUUGUGAAUAUGUGCAUUAUGCUAGUUUAUUUUUGAAUGCAAUGAAGAUUUGAGGAGUUAUGAUAAAGAUGUGCUUAAUGCAUCAAUUGUGAUUUUAUAGAAAAAUACUCCAAGCUAGGGUUUUAGAUAUGUACUUCUCAAAUUUCCACACCGGUGAUGGGCAAAUAAUACAUUCUUUGAGUAAAGAAUAAUGCGUCACAUAUUGUGCUCUAAUAUGAUUUAGGGGUCGAUUCAGUCCAGUACACUAAAGAUCAGCGCUGUAGAGCAAUUUAAAGGUAAUUUCCGAUUGAGUCGACAUAUGCAGCAUUUACCGUGAAUGCAGGUCUUCAGUGCUAUGGAUUAAAUCGAGCCUCAAUUAACCAACACCACAUUUAUUUGGCCGUUCAAGAAAGUAAUGAAUGCACAAUUCCAGAUUUAAAGUCUGCACAACAUGUUUUGUUCAGUGUGAGAUACUGUAUUUGUUGAGCGCACACUCAUAUCCCUCCCCCACCAGUUCCUAUCACCUCAAAGCAUUUAUAGAAUUCAGCAUCAAAGCCUUGACUACAAUAAUUCAUCACAUCCACAUAGGAACAUACACUAGCCUCGACAACGGCAGAUCAUUGUAAAGAUAGUCAAGUGACUAUGCAAAGCAGAAAAUAAUUUAUUUCCUAAUAAUACUGUGCAUAUCAUUUUGUGACAAACCAAGCGUUGGUAUCCCCUAACAGUAAAAUUAGCAUUUGAUAGAUUACUGGCCAAUGAGAGGCUUUGAAGCCACCGGUCAGCCAUAUUGGCAGUCCUCCAUAGGAAUCAAUGGAAUUCCACAGUAUUUCAAUUAGAUGUUUCAAAGAUUACAUGUAAAGUAUUUGUUGUAGUGGGGACAACUUUUUUUAAUGAUA